AUGCGCUCUUCCUCGACCACCUCGAUGGCAUCGGUGUCCGCGCCGAUACGAACGCGGGCGUUCGUUGGCCCCUUCAUCGUACUCAUCGGUGUUGUCCUGUCGUCUGCCAUCCAAACAGAGGUCGCCUCGUACGAAGCGUCAACGCUUGGGUUCGACAAGCCAUAUUUCUCUUUCUUCGUCACCCACAGCACAUUCGUCAUCGCGUUCCCGGUCCACCUCGCCCUGGUCUCGCUUAAGGGCGGCCUGAAGGGCGCGCCAACUCGCGCUCGCCAGCUGGUUCGCGGCCUCCGCGCCGUCCUCGCCGAUCAACUCGGGACGGUCCCUCGGUGGCGCGUCCUCGCCAAGCCGUUCAUGUACAAGAUCGUCCCCCUCACCGUGCUGGUCACGAUCCCCGCUGUGUGCUGGUUCGCCGCCAUGGCGCUCUCUCCCGCUGUCGACAUCACGGCGCUGUAUGCCACGAGCGCGUUCCACACGUACUUCUUCAGCAUGCUCCUACUCGGCACUCGGCUGACGCGAACAACGCUUGGCGCCAUUGCCGUCGCGUUUGCUGGUGUGCUCGCGAUCACGCUUGACGGCGGCGACGGCGGCAACAUGGGCAGCAACCGCAUGCUCGGCGAUAUCAUCAUGGUUGUCGGCGGCGCCGCGCUGGGUCUCUACGAAGUCGUGUACAAGAUGGUUCUCCCCGAGAGCCAGGGCGGUGUCAGCCACGCAGACACACACGACCCGGAAUCUUCCGGUAGCGAUGACGAGGAGGACGAGAUCGUGCUUGGCUCCUCGCGGCCUGUUGCAACGACUCCGCUGCUCGCCGGAUCAAAACCGCCCAGCCCUAACGGCAGCUUGAGCGACAUUGUACCGAUCAGCUCGCGCGCCAACUCGCCCCGGACUUCUCUCAACGGCCCUCGCCCUCCAUCUUACGCGACUCAUACCCCUCUUCGUGCACGCGAGGCGCACCAUCAUGUGCCCACUCUGCCGGUGGGCCUGCACUCAAACUUCCUGGUCAGCGCGAUAGGGCUCGCGACCUUCCUCCUGCUCUGGUUCCCGCUUCCCAUAUUGAAUAUGACCGGCAUGGAGAAGUUUGAGCUGCCCUCCACGGCGUACCUGUGGGGCAUCGUCGCGGUCGUUGCGGUGUGCGGCGCGAUUUACAACGCCGGCCUUAUGAUGCUCAUCGGCCUCUGGGGCCCGACGACCAGCAGUGUAGCGAACCUGCUCACGAUCGGCCUAGUCGCCAUUGCCGAUGCGCUUUGGAUGGGCCGGGCGCCGGACCUGCAGACUGUGCUCGGCGCGGGCAUGAUCUGCGCAGGUUUCGCCGUCCUGCUGUACGAAGGGGAGGAAUAG